UCUGAGAAAAAGUAUACCCCUAUCAUCUUUGAUGCACACAGUUUAUAUAAAGCUGAAUCCAUAUUACAAACACCGACAAAAGUUCUUCAGGUGUUUACGUUCUGUUGACUCUAUAGAUUGUCCAGCACAUAGCAAAUGAAUGCAGUGACGUCUUGGGCAGACACCGUUACCAGUCCUCUCUACACUCAUCUGUUCACAAACUACAAUCCUCGCCUUUUACCUAUGUGUACCCCUGACGAGAAAGUAACAGUCUACAUGGGUACCGCUCUCAGACAGAUGAUGAAUGUGAACGAAAAAGACCAAAUUUUGAAGAUCAACAUUUGGCUAAGACUGAAAUGGUCAGAUUGCCGCCUGAGUUGGAACAGUUCACAGUUCAAUAACAGUCAUUUAGUGGUCCCUUACGAUACUGUGUGGACCCCCGAUAUAACGCUAUACGACAGCUCGGCCGAGGAAGAGAUGAUGCCCGGUAGGACAGAUUACAGAGCCACGAUCUACCCUAGCGGUCUGGUUUAUUAUAACUUCCCCACAGUCCUACAGAGUGUGUGUCUCGUUAAUGUUCUCUAUUUUCCCAUGGACACCCAGAUCUGCACCCUCAAGUUUGGAUCGUGGUCCCACAGCGGAAGUGAACUUGACCUCUACCCGAGUACAGAUCAGGCUGAUUUAACAAAUCUCGUCUUGCACAACGAAUGGGAUGUUGUCUCAAUGAAAGCAAUCCGGAAUGUCUUGUAUUACCAAUGCUGUCCGGAUCCAUACCCAGACAUUACGUUUUCCCUAGAAAUCAAAAGAAAGCCGUUGUUCUACAUCAUGAGCAUCCUGUUCCCCUGUAUUCUAACUGGUUCGGUGGCAGCCCUCGGAUUCGCUCUUCCUCCGGAGUCCGGAGAGAAAGUAUCCUUAGAAGUCACAGUACUGUUGUCCUUAGCUGUGUUUCUACUUAUGGUUACCGAACAACUUCCGGCCUCCUCCGUCAAUUUUCCGUAUGUGGGAAUGUAUUUCACCACCUCCAUGAUUCUUGUGUCGUUUUCGUGUGCAAUGACAGUAUUGGUUCUAAACAUUCAUUUCCGUGGUGCAACAGGAAAUAAAUUACCUGACUGGAUGCGUAGACUAUUUCUAAACAGAUUAGCGUGGGUUGUAUGCGUAAAGACUGGGAAAAGAGAAAAUAAAGUGCAUUCGGAGAAGAAUCAUUACCAGAGUCAGAAGGAGCCAAAUCAAAACACUUUUUCCAAUAAAAUGGACGUUGAGGACACAACAAAUACUCAAACAGUCAAUGGAAAUCUUCCUAAUCAACCUCGACUACCGAGUAUUGUGACGAACACUUCAUCACGUGACCUUCUUCUCAGGACAGGUGAUCCAAUGCUUUCUUUACUGACAGAACAAUCCGACACUUUAAAAAAGAUCGAAGGCCACAUGCAGAAAGAUGAGUCGGAAGAACAGACCAACAACGAGUGGUACUUGUUGGCCAAAGUGCUGGACAGAAUAUGCUUAUAUGUAUAUAUUUUCAUGACAAUUUUGACUUCCAUUAUUUUCUUAGCAAAAAUGGGCGGAGCUUGAUAUUUCAAAAUUACGUAUAUGGUGAAUUUCAUGGAUAUUAGCGUACUCCCGCCUCUACUUCGGUCGUUUACGCUGCUGUAUUGACGAACAUGCUCCAUUUAAGUGGUGCUGGUGAUACUAGGCUUGUGAUAAUUUAUGUGACAGAUACCUUGUAGUAUUAUCAACUGUGUCCCUCCCAUAUGCCUGUGUUUGAUUGUCGUACAUUCUUAGUAAAGUAAACGAAAUGAACUAUUAUAUGGUGAUAAGAAAUCUUGAAGGGAAAGCUUCAUUUUAAUCAAAUUCUAGAUUUUUCUCAAUCAAAUUUGGUACAUCUCCAUCAAAAUCUUGAAAAAUAAUGUCUGAUGUAUAAUAAAAAUGAAUAAUUUGCUACAUCAUUUUGCAUUUUAUAUUAAUAGUCUUUCGUUCGUUAUCUUCACUUUUUCGCAUUGUCUUAGAUUUGAAACAUGGAAAGCAUAUACAUAUAUUGGGAAAAGGAAGGUGUUAUCGCGUGUUGUGGUUGCCGUUACUUGAGUGUUCGUGUCUGCAUGAAUGAUGUAUUUUAUUGUGUCAAUUGUUGAUGUAUUUGUUGUGUAUGGAUUUUGAAAAUAUGUGCACAAUUAGUCAUGUCAACUUAAAUUCUGUUAAAAAAGAGACCAGUUCUUUAUCUUUUCAAUUAAGAAAAGGAAGAGGAAAAUUGGCCGUGGAACUAAUAAAGAUCAUCCGGCCGCGACUGCUCAGUGGUUGGAGCGUUCGCUGCGAAACCUGGAGGUUGUGAGUUCGAGCCCCGCUCGUGCCAUUGCCGCGUCAAUCCUAUGACGUAAAUAUAGUUAAUGACUGCUCCUUUACCAAACGUUCGGCAUUUAGAAGUGAUAUUGGAGAGUAAUUCGGAGCGGGACAUCAUCUUCAAAACGGAGGUCCUGUGUCGCGCUAGGCGCUGGCACGUUAAAGAAACCUCACUGCUACGGCCCCGAGCGCUAUGCAUGGGUCUAAAUGUGGUACUUUACCAGCUAAUGACGUCCCUAUAUGAGUGAAAAUGUUUCAAAGAGAUCUAAAACCAACGAAUAGAGAUCACGCGGGACUCGUCUAAGUAAAGGGUAAGAAAUGCUGAACUGAAUAUAUAUCGCUCGGUACUGUGAUAUUAAAAUUUGGUCUCCUACACGGAGAUGAAUAGGUUUAAUAUCAAGCAAAGAUACCUGUGGCCCCCAUUUAUCCACACACCCCUCUUGAAUGUGCACAACAAAACUAAGGAGAUGCAUGUGAUGUAAAUGCGUGGCUUAUAUGUCAGAUGUAUCUAUUUUUCAAUUCCCAUUGUCAUCUUGUGUAUUUAUUAAACUAAUGUUACUGGU